AUUACUUAAGAUAAACAUUUACAUAAGUUUAAUAAUAAUAAUUUCAGCUAAUCAAUUAACAAUACUAGAGUUAAACAAAAAUUAGAGGUUUUUAGAACAUUUAAAAAUACCAAUACUCCAUCCAAAUAGUUAUUUUACAUAAGAUUUAAUAGCUCUAAAUACUGCAUGGAUUAUAAACCUAUGGAUAAUAGCUAAAAUAGCUAUAAUUAUUAGAAUAAUCAGUAAAAUUAACCUAAUUAUCAUUAUCCAAGCGAGUAGGCAAUCAAUAAUAGUUCAUUCCACAAUUCUGUACCUCAAGGUGAACCUAUUCAAGGAGCUUAUGUUGUUAAUAUGUAGUAACAGCCAUAUGAAAUCAAUAUAAACUAAAAUUAUAAUCAGGUCCCUCCUUAUAUGGAGCGUCCUUUCAUGAGCAAUUUACAUGUUGGCCAUAUGCAUUAAAAUUAAAAUAUCCAACAGAACUAAAAUCUACCAGUUGCUCCUCCUCCUCCACCUCAAUUAUAAAAUCCUAUUUAAACAGAAUAUUCUCUGAGCUAACCUUUUAAUGCUGAAUAAUUUGAAAUUAGAACAGUUUAAGAAAUUUAAGAAUGCAAGCAUCAAAACCCUCAAAAAUAUCUCUAUGUUUCAAGUCCUAAAAUAUUCUUCUCAGUAAUAAUCAUAGCAUUCUAUAUAAUGGGAAUUAUUUCUCUUAUUGUUGGAUUAAUAAUUUUAAUUGUGGUUGCAGUUCUUGCUUUAACAGAUGGUAAGGGAAACUGCGACUGUAAGAUUGGUGCUUGUAAUAAUUGCAAUUGUAAUUGUGGGUCUUGUGAAUGCUACUAUUUAUGUGACUGUUGUCUUAGAUGUUGUGAAAUUUUUACUUUUAAUAGAUACUAAAGUGCUUAUUAUAUUAAUUGUGGAUACGACCAUUCGUACUACAGACACAAAUAUCAUAGAAGAAGGAAUUACUAUGACUACUAAAGUUAAAGUCCAUCAUGUUGUGAUACAUUAUUUAGUUGUUUAUAUGACUGUUGUUGUUGUUCUUGCAUGGACAGUAUAAAUCUUGGGAGCGCAACUGAUAGUUGUAUGAUAAAUAAAGUUGAAGUCUACUGCACAGCUUGUAACACUAAAUUAAAAGAAGAAUGGACAGGAACUAAGCAUAUAGUUCCUUCUUUACUCCUUGGUAUUUUUGGAGUCAUUAUUCUUAUAGUAUCUAUUCUUCUUUUGAAGCAUUACCAAUCAUGA